UCAACACACCUUACGUCGCUGGAUUCGUUAACACGUUGACAAUUAGGGCAGAUUGGAAUUUAGAAUACACACCGAUCGGUCUUUUUCUUGUGGUGGACAAAAUAUUGUUUGUGUCUGCGUGACUUUGUAACUGUAAAAAAGGAACUAAGGCUUUACGUAUAUUGAUUUUAUUUUCUUAAUACCAAGGUUUAGAAGGGAUUUUAUUUAAUACAUGAAUUAAAGAUGGAACUGGACACAAAUAAAAGGAAGUACAGACUAAGUUCUUCUACUACUCCGUCCCCUUCAGAAGAAAACAAAGGAUUUUCCACUGGAUAUUAUCACAAAAAUAAAAAUAUCUUCACGGUCAAUGGAUAUGGAGCCGACGUGACAGAAGGAAAAGAGACACCAGCUUUUGACAAUUAUGCAUAUGCCUCGCAUGAGGAUGACAAUGUUUUUAAACCAAAAAGUGAUAUUUAUUUUGACCCCUCUAGUUUACAGAGAGGGGAAAAGGGGAAAAAGUCAAGGGUGGAAAGUGCUCGGGACGAAAAUGUGCCAAAAAAGAAAAGAGAGAAAGGAUGUUUAAUGUUGUUGUGCUUUUUAACUUUCCUUGGAUUAUUAGCAGGAAUAGCUGUGAUAAUAUACGUUCAAUUUUUCAAAGAAAAAUCUCCCGAUCAAGCUACACAAGCUUCACCUGUGAUAUUAAUAGGCAGCAUAACCUUAAAAGAUGAUUGGAAUGAGGAUCUACGCAAUUCCUCAUCCCCAGUAUUCAAGUCUACAUCAGCUAACAUAUCUGCAGAGGUGGAUAUCAUUAUGCAAAAUGGCAAUUUGUCACAAUUUUAUGUGGAAAAUAAAAUAUUGUCCUUCAGUCAGGGCAGUAUUGUGGCCACUCUGCAGAUUUACUUUCGUCCAGACUUUGGAUUAGGUUUCCAAAAUGUUGAAGCAUUAGCUUCAUCUGCAGAACUCCACGUGAUGGAGGCUGUACAAAGUGGAUACACAACUCUCAAUAUUCAGGCAGUCAACUUAACUGGAGAAAUGAUCACUCCCACCACUUUGCCAUUAAGCACAGUAUCAUCUACCAUUUCAUCAACAUCAUCAACAGUUAGUACACUUUCAAGCACAACUUCAAAGUCAACCUCCAGUUUGCCACCAUCAUCAUCACCUGAAUCAACAACACCUGAACCAACGACUACCACAACACCUGAACCAACCACUACAACACCUGAACCAACCACUACAACACCUGAACCAACCACUACAACACCUGAACCAACUACUACAACACCUGAACCAACCACCACAACACCUGAACCAACUACUACAACACCUGAACCAACCACUUCAACACCUGAACCAACCACUACAACACCUGAACCAACCACUACAACACCUGAACCAACCACUUCAACACCUGAACCAACCACCACCACCACACCUGAUCCUACAACCACCACACCUAAUCCAACAACCACUUCCACACCUAAUCCAACAACCACAACACCUGAACCAACCACCACAAUAGAGACAACAGAACCUGUCUCAACUACCCCAUUACCAGGCAUGUGUAUACCAUUACCGGUGGAGAAAUGUCAGGCCUUGGGCCGUAACAGCACAAUGCUUCCCAAUUUCUUUAACCAGACAACCAUUCAGGAGACCUUGGCCCUGUUUGAGAUGUUUAAAAUGCAGAAGUGUUCUGACAAUGCCUUGCUGUACAUCUGUGACAUGAUGUAUCCAAGGUGUGAAGAGGAACAGCUUCCAUGUAGGGACUUCUGUCUGAGUAUUCAGAUGGAGUGUGGGAGUAACUUUGAGCUGGCUAAAGAGCGGUACUGUAAUCAACUACCCACCACAAAGUGCACCCAUCCAGUGGUAACCACUACCAGUACCACUUUAGCCACCACUACCACUUCAUUAUCAACUUUACCCACCACUAUUACCACUGCUGUACCAUUACCAUCUUCAACUGUUGGCUUUUGUUUGCUACUACAAGUUCCAGAAUGUCAGGCACUUGGCCAUACUUCAGUCAUGUUUCCUAACCCUUUCCAGCACAUGUCUAUUGAGCAGGCAUUGAGUUUCUUUGAGCAGUACAAGAUUUCAAGUUGUUCAGCCAGCUCCAUGUAUUAUCUGUGCAAUAUGUUUUUUCCCAAGUGUGAUCCUGCAACAGGAGUUAUCACGUACCCAUGCCAAGGACAUUGCAAUGCUACCUAUAAUUCUUGUCCAGGUCUACCUGUGGCUAACCCCACAUACUGUGUUCAGCUACAAAACACCAACUGUGAGCCUAAAUACGUGGAACCUACCACUACAACCCAACAACCAGAGACUACACCUCAACCAGAACUGUGCCUUUCCCUAAACAUCCCAGAAUGCCAAGCAGUCGGCCAUACUUCUGGCACAUUUCCAAAUAUAUAUGGUCACCAAUCAAUUGAAGAAGCAUCGGUCUAUUUUGAGGCCUACAAGAAUUCAAGCUGUUCAGACAGCUCCAUGUUUUAUCUGUGUAAUAUUCUAUUUCCCAAGUGUGAUCCCUCAAAUGGACUUCUGAGUUAUCCCUGCCAAGAUCACUGUAAUGCCAUUCAACUUGCCUGCCCUGCCUUAUCCUUUCUGGUUUCUCCGGAAGUGUGUGUCCAGUUUCUAACUGCCAACUGUGUACCUAUUUACCAGAAACCAGAUUUGUGUCUUCAACUACAAGUUCCAGAGUGUCAGGAAGUGGGCCAUAACUCUGUCAUGUUCCCUAAUCCAUUCCAGCACACGUCUAUUGAGCAGGCAUUGGGUUUCUUUGAGCAGUACAAGAAUUCAAGUUGUUCUGACAGCUCCAUGUAUUAUCUGUGCAAUAUGUUUUUUCCCAAGUGUGAUCCUGCAACAGGAGCUAUCACGUACCCAUGCCAACAACAUUGCAAUGCCACCCACGAUUCCUGUCCUUCCUUGGCUGUUGCUAACAUUAAUUACUGUGUCCAGUUAGUCACAGAGAAUUGUGAACCAAGUUAUCCAGAGCCUACCACUACAACUCAACAACCAGGUUUGUGUUUUACCAACACUAUCCCAGAGUGCCUUGCCGUCAAUCAUACCGUUUUUAUGCUUCCCAAUUUGUUCGGUGAUACAACCGUAGAAGCCGCCAUUAAGAAUUUCAACUCCUACAAGAACCAAAGCUGCACAGAUAGUACAAUGUUUUACAUCUGUGAUUUGUUUUUCCCAGGCUGUGAUGUUAAUACAGGGGACUUCAAGUAUCCAUGCAGCGAUCUUUGUUAUGAUGCACAGAACGUAUGUCCUGGACUGAUACUGGCCAACCCUGCCUACUGCCAACGACUACCAACCUGUGAAGUCAAAGAUAAGUGUCUAGCUGUAAAUGCACCUGAAUGCACAGCUCUUGGACUGAAUUAUACAAAAUUACCCAACACAUUUGGACACACUGAUCUGGCCACUGCUAAGACUUAUUUUGAUCAGCUCAAGCAGCAGAGCUGUUCGGAUACGGCUUUAUUUUACUCUUGUAUGAUGCUUUUUCCACCUUGUGACGAGACGACAGGAUCUGUGAAAUAUGCUUGCAAGGAAGACUGCAUAGCUGUCAAUCAGGAAUGUGGGAAUGGCACAGUGUUAGCCAGUCUUACUUACUGUAACCAGCUUUUUGAUGUCAGCUCUGGUAGAUGUUAUCCAGUGCCCUUAACCACUACCAGUACCAUUACCACUUCUCCCGCCACUACCACUGUCCCUCAAGAUAUCUGUAUGGAUCUGCCAGUGCCUGAAUGCCGGUCUGUUGGCCGUAACAAAACACUGUUACCUAAUGGUUUUGGACACAGCACCAUUAGCGAUGGUUUAUCUGUGUUUGACCUAUUUAAGGCCAGUGCCUGCUCCCAGAGUGCCAUGUAUUACCUGUGUACCUUCAUGUUUCCUGACUGUGAAGUCAAUGUCCAGAAAUAUCCUUGUAAAGAAUAUUGUCUAAGUGUGCAGGCAGAAUGUGGUGUUAAUUUUACCCUAGCUCAAUCACAAUACUGUAAUCAGCUCCCUACCCAGGGCUGCGUUAGUUCCUUCCCAGGGGUCACCACUGUGACUACAACCAUCCCACCAAAACCAAGACAGAAUUGCAGCGAGACUGAACAGUACACCUGUCCAAGUGAUGGUCACUGUAUAAUGAAGGAGUGGGUGUGUGAUGGAGAGCCAGACUGUCAGGACCAAUCAGAUGAAGCCAACUGCAGUUCAUGUUCAAGUACUGAGUUCACCUGCCUGGAUGGAACUUGUGUCCCAGCUCAAGAAAGAUGUAACAAAGUGCCAGCCUGUCCUGACCAAUCAGAUGAAAGGAAUUGUGUGAGCCUAACCACCCAGUCUAUCCUGAUGCUGCCCUACCAGGAGAGGAGCCUACCCCUGUGUUAUCAGUCUUGGUCUGACAGCUACGGGGCUGAAGUCUGUCGGGGUCUGGGACUAGGGAAUUUUACUUAUUCCAAACCUGUGACCUAUUACAGCCGUGACUUUGCUCACCUCGACGGUAAUGGACAGGUGUCAUCUUACCUGGGAAACCUAGUCAUCAGGUCUGAAUGUCAGAGUGCACAAGUAGUAGAAUUAAAGUGUGAGCCCAGAGGUUGUGGUCAGAGAUUGGUUGGUUCCUCACAGACCAACUUUAUCAUUGGUGGAAAUGAUGCGGUACCUGGACACUGGCCCUGGCAGGUGUCUGUCCAGAUAAAGCUGGGGAAUAAUGUGAAGCACAUCUGUGGAGGCUCUCUAAUCGCCCCAAACUUUGUGGUGACAGCUACUCAUUGUCUAACUGUUCUUGUGGAAAGAAAUGUACUGCUUGGAGCUACAAAUCGGGGUGUUGUAGAAAUCACACAGAGGCAAUAUGGAAUCAGAAGAAUCAUUCACGUCAGUGAGAAGUUUGUGAAGUAUGGACCAGGGGACAUUACUCUGUUUGAGCUCAAUGACACAGUCCAGUACACGCCCUACAUCCAGCCAAUUUGUUUCCCAGAGGAGGGGGAGAAGUUUACCGAGACCUCCAUCUGUUAUGCAACAGGCUGGGGGUUCACUUCACCUGGGGAUCAAUCCUAUUCCACAAUGCUAAAACAACUGAAGAUGAGGCUAUGGGACACCCAAAAAUGUAACAGCUCGAAACACUGGAACGGAAACAUCACCAGUGGAUACAUCUGUGCAGGAUAUGAAUCAAGCCUUAAAUCUGUCUGCACAGGAGACAGUGGCGGCCCCUUGGUGUGUAAGGACAAUGCUGGAAUCUGGAAACUUGUGGGUAUCUCUAGCUUUGUUUCCAUUAACUGCAAUGUAUCACACCUUCCUAAUGUGUUUACUGAUGUCACAGCUUAUCUCCCUUGGAUGAAAUCCCAAAUAGAGUGUAAGUUCCAGUGUGACAAUGGAAGAUGCCUGUAUGACAAUGAUUUGGUGUGUAAUCGACAAAAUGACUGUGGGGAUAACUCUGAUGAAACUAGGAUUUGUAAUAUAUCUGUUAACUGUACAUUUGAUGACAAUUAUCUCUGUGGAUACAGUGUAUCUGGAUUCAUCUGGAGUUACGGAUCUGAUAACUCACAAGCACAAUCCAGUUUUCCCUGGACUGACCACACCAUCGGUCAUUAUCCAGGUCAUUACAUGUUUGGAAGAUAUGGAGACCAGUCAGAGGCAAUUCUGACUUCUCCAAAAUUCCAGACUCAAUCUCAGUCCUGUGUGAGGUUCUACUAUAAUCGACGAGGCGAGUUGUACGACAACAUGUUGGUCCAGACCCUGGAGUACAGUCCUACGGGCUCCAUCUAUCCAGCGGAGACCAAGUACCUAGUGGGUCAGGGGAAUUACGAGGACAACUGGAGGAUAGGGUUCUUUGACCUGAGUGCAGGGACCUACCAGAUAGUGUUCAAGGUCACGGACAAGCUGAAGAAUGCUAUUGAUGAUGUCAAGGUCAUUCCUGGAUCUUGUGCUGAAAAGGUGUGUGAUGAGGGCUUGUUCCGUUGUGCUGAUGAUAAGGGUAACCCAGUCUGUCUGCCACCAUCCUCUCAGUGUAAUGUAGUAAAGCAGUGCAACAAAGAUGAGGCCAAUUGUCAAGCUAGUGCCUCAAGGUAUAACUGUGAUUUUGAGAAGGCAGCACAGUGUGGAAUAUCACAAACAACGCUAGACAAAGGAGAGUUUCUGUUGACAAAUGGAUCUUACCUGAAGGAGUUGGUACUGUUUCAAGAGGCCUUCAAUGAGCACACUAACAAUGAUCCAAAUGGGUGGAUGUUGUUUGCGUUGACCAAUGGACAUCAGCUGAUUGGGGACAAUGUCACAAUGACCCAGAAUCUCGUUUUGAAUAGCCAGAUGUUCUGCCUUACCUUCUUUUAUCGAGCGGGCACAGACAUGACAUUUAAGGUGAGUCUGAAAACUGCAGGAGAUGUGUAUGAGUUAUGGAACUUUACUGACAGGAGCACCUCUAAUUGGACAAAAGCCCAGAUGCAGCUCCCUCUGGUGUCAGAAGCUGAACUGGCUUAUCAGCUUGUCCGACUGUACCCGGCCUCCAACAAGUACUACAAAGCCUACAUGGCUAUUGAUGACAUCAGUAUAACACCAGGAGAAUGCCCAGUCUAUGAUUGUCCUGCAGGAACAAAAUCCUGGCAGAUCGAUUUUACAAACACAAGUCACUGCAAUAGAAUCGUGGACUGCCCAGAUGAAUCUGACGAAGCCAACUGCUCUUGUAGCAGUGACGAGUUUUCCUGUAGCAAUGGACGCUGUAUCCCACAAUCCUCCAUCUGCGACACCAAAGCCGACUGUUUGGACGCAUCAGACGAGGGAGCCGUUUGUGACUCUCUUCGCAGUGUGACAUGUACCUUUGUGAACCUUUUCUCCUGUGGCUACACUUCCAAUGAUGGCGAGUUUAAUUGGAAGAGAUGGAGUGGGAGUACCCCAUCAUUUUACACUGGUCCAAGCUUUGAUCACACGAUAGGGGAUACAACCGGACACUAUUUCUAUGCUGAGGGCAAUGGGGGAAAUGCUGGUGACAUUGCCACAUUAACGUCUCCGAAUUUCACAACGGGAGUCGGCCAGAGCCUUGGAUUCUAUUACCACAUCUAUACCCAGAGUGCAAUUUUCCUCAUCCAAUCAGAAGGUCUCUCUGUCGUGGCCCAGUUUUCAGAUGGACGGCGUUCUCAGCUUUGGUGGCAGAACCAAACGUCCGGCAGCGAUUGGGCCUACGGCUGUGUGGACCUACCAGAUAACACCGAUUUUAAUGUUCAGUUCAUGACAAAAAGGAUAGGAUCGGAUAAUAAGGGAAUAUUUGAUGCCGAUGUUGCCAUCGAUGACAUUGCAUUGCUAGUUUUGCCUUGUUCACCUUCUGGGGAUGGAGCAGUCACCAUUUCAACUCCCAAACCGCCAGGUAAUUAAACAACUU